GUUAUCGUGACUCACUCAGAAGGGUCACUGCGCACCGCUCGGCAACGGCAAGUCGGUGGUUGAGUGCUUACCCAGACGGCUAUUGGCAAUGACGUUAAAGAAACGCAGAACGCUGGAAAAUCUCAAUAACAAUGAUGCAGGAGGAAGAUGAACACAGGACACCGCUCCCACUUAGUUUGGUUUGUUUACUGAUCACGGUCACCCAAUUAAGUGUUAACCUGGCGCUUCCUAAUUUUCCCGUUCACACUAGUGGCGAUCAAGGGCCUGUCUCCCGCGUCAUGUUGCCAGAUCUCACUGUGUUCCAUUUUCCUCUCUCAGCGCGGGUCAGCAGUCAACAGCGAGCACCGAGCGAGCAGUCGCCAGUCAGCACUCACUUGCCCGCCGCCAGCCACGGGAAGCAGGCGUGUGUUCGUGCCUGCGUCUUGCGUCUCGACUUGAACUAAGUGAUAUUAAUACGUACUUGUUCUGCAUUCAGUGUUAAUUCCACGGUGAUUAUUUUUAUCUGACAUCAGAUAUCUUAGUUAAGUUCAGUUGAAGCCUGUGGACAUUCUUGUGGUAAAACACCGAUGGUGCUGAAGUGUAGACGCGCCUGAACACUUGCCGGACAGCAGUAAGGACGUGACUUGGCGGCGAGGAGCGAGCGGAGGGAUGGCGGUGACGAGGACGGCGGUGGUGAUGGUGGUGGUGGUGGCGAUGCUUCUAGUGAUGGCUGGGAGAGGGGCGGGGCAGGAACAGGAGCAGCAACAGCACCACCACCACAGGGAGCCGCCCAUCAAGCCUGCACUCUCCAACAAAUUCGUGGGUGUGACUAGCAGGUGCACGCGCGGCUCCUUGAUGGUAGACGUGAGCACGGAGGAGGCGUUCUUCGGCUCGGUGUACGCGCGAGGGUACCCGAGCAGCUGCCGCGAGGUGGGCCAGGGCAACACCUCCACCUCGCUCGUCGUGCCCGCCCAGAAGUGUGGCGUCAAGGUCAUUGAAGACGAGUUCGGCCACCACACCUACGAGCUGCUGGUGUACAUUCAGUUCGACAAGUGGGUGCAGCAGGUCAUUGACGAACAGGUCCACGUUCGCUGCAAACUGGAGCGGCAGGCCGGGGAGCUGCAGGCCCAGGCGCAGAUGAACGUGGUCAACCAGGACUCCGAGGCGACAGUUCCGGUGCGAGAAAAAGAGGUUCUGAGCAGUGAGAACAACUCCAUCGCCACACUGGUCCUCGCCGCCGGUCCUCCACGCAGCAAAACCUCCUCCUCUCCUUACUCCUCCUCCACUCCACGCACCUCCACCACCGCCGCUGACGACUCGCCCUCCAAGUACCCCCGCCUGGUGUCCCUCCGCCACAAGGGGUCGCCGCGAAGGGCCCACGACACCAUGAGGGAAUGGCACCCCGUCGAGACCCCACCGGAGCUGCUCAUGUGGCGAAACAAGAUGCCGGAAGGGAACUCCGAGCCGGUGUCUUGCUGGAUGGACAUCGUGGCGGGGACAUCCAUGGACGGUAAGCCCGUGUUGGAUCACCUGCUGGUGGGUGACGACACGACGAUGGUGCUGAAGGUGCGGCAGACGAAGGGCCUCGACACGCGCAUCACCUCCUGCAUCGCCCACGACGGCUCGGGCGACCAGAGCCAGGAGCUGAUCGACGAGAGUGGCUGCUCCGUGGACGACGACAUCAUGCCCCCUCUAAGAGUAAAGUUCAACCCGCGUUCUGGCGUCAAGAUGGCCUACGCGUCCUUCAAGGCCUUCAAGUUCCCUGAUCGCGACCACCUCCACCUGCGCUGCACCGUCCUCGUCUGCCUCGGCUCCUGCCAACUACCCGUUUGCGGACGACUCAGCAAUCGCAUAGGGCGGCGGAUGGGCGGGACAGGCCAGGGCAGCAUCCAGCCUGUGCUCGACCUCAAGGACCUCGUCACGCCCCACCAUCAACAGACGCCUCGGACAAACGCUAGAGCCCUCGCCAAGACCAUGGUGGACAAGGUGGAGGUCUUCAAUUCCGUGGAGGUUCGAGCUCCGGGGAUCGAGAGUAACCAACCGAACCUCGUGAAGCAAUACCGUACGGACCGAGGCUCGAAAGUGGAAUCCGUGGACUUUUUCAGCAACGAGAGUAUGUUCUGCGUCACGCCCUACAAGAUGAUCCUGGCUUUCGGGGUGCUACUGACGGUGCUGCUGGUGGCAAUGCUCUUCGCCCUCUACUCCUGCGUGAAGGCCCGAGUACUCAAGGCCAGGCUGCAGCACCCGCCCCACCACCCCGCCGAGGCCGCCAGACACUCCCCCGUCACGAGCCCCUACUACAGGUUCGCCCACUGAGUCUUGCCUGAAGGAAGGUCUUGAACGCAUAUACCUGACGAAGAAGCGACCGAACGGAAGGAUAUUCUCAACACACGAAAACUGAAGGAAAACCUUGGAGUGGAUGGAGAGUUCUACGUUAGCAUUGUUCACCCUAACGAUGUUUUGUGAGUCUAUUGUCCAUCUAUUCCGUUACUUAAGGUGUAUUUUUGUAGUUUAGUUUUGUAUACAGUUGGUGCUUAGGGCAUUACCGCGGUCGCUCUGAUGGGGGAGGCUGCGCGGGGGAUUGGUGUGUGUGUGUGUGUGUGUGUGUGUGCUAAUCCCAAAGACGCUGUUUUUAGGGGGGGGGGGGAUUGUUACGGUUAUAGCUUUGUAAAUGACGUAGUGAUUGUUGUGUUUGUGUAUAUCUUAUUCGUAUUUAUUUAUCUAUUUAUUUAUUCAUUUAUUUAUUCCUGUGUGUUUGCUCAUUUGUUUUGCCAGGCGCAGGAUUCCGAAAGUUAGGAAGCACAAAGGAAUCGGAUACUAAGAUAUAGUUACAAGCUCUUGUCUCUGUAUUUCGAUGUUGUUUUGUUUAUGAAGCGUUGUUAUGUCUUUGAAGAAUCGUAUGAUACCUAAUGUUACCGUGAGUCUUGUGAAAAUGAAGUACCCUUUUUUUUAUCCUUUUAAGGGUGUUAUGAGAGAGCAUUGUGUAACACCCCACAACCUAAAUAUGCUGAGGAUUGAUGUAUAUUUAUAUUUUUGUGUAUUAAGCUAUUAUAUACUUCCUCAUAUAUGUCUGUAUUGCAUUAUUGUUUUAUAGAGUUAUUUGUUACACUCUAUACGCCGAGAGACUUUAAUGUACUGUGUUCGAGACGCGAAAAAUGGCAAAUCUGUUUUGAA